AUGGAGAACACAGACCUGAAUCAGACUGGUGAAAUGGCCGCUAUGUUAUUCUGUUUUCCUCACCUCCAAGGCUCCUGUCCUCGAACUCUCAGACUAUCUGUCAUAAGGGUGGCCAUGUAUGCAUUUAUGCUGACCACUAUUCUAAUGACUGUGUGUGGAAACCUUCUGGUCAUUAUCUCUAUAUCUCAUUUCAGACAGCUACACAGUCCCACAAACGUCAUCAUUCUCUCUCUGGCCAUGGUUGAUUGUUCAUUAGGCUGUAUAAUCAUGCCUUUCAGUAUGGUCAGAUCAGUUGAGGGCUGUUGGUAUUUGGGGAAACAUUUCUGUAAAGUCCAUUCCAGUCUAGACAUGAUGAUUUCUUCAACCUCCAUAAUGCACCUAUGUUUGGUUUCAGUUGACAGGUAUUGGGCUAUUUGUCAGCCUUUGCAAUACAGGACAAAAGUGACAACAUUUAAGGUGAUUUUGUGUAUUGGCAUCAUCUGGCUAUUUUCAUUUAUUUUCAGUUUUGGGGUAGUGUUCUCAGAGGCAGUUUCAGCAGGUUUGGAUUCCCUGGUGCAUCCUUGUGUGGGCAGCUGUGCUUUAAUUUGCAAUAAACAAUGGGGGGUUACUGCUUCUCUAGUCACAUUCUUCAUUCCAGCUGCUAUAAUGAUCUCAUUGUAUUUCAAGAUAUUGCACGUUGCUAGAAAACAUGCCAGGGUCAUGAAUGACAGGCUGGCUAAAGUGACUUGUCAUGAGCUAAAGAACCAAACAUCAGAGCAGAGAGAGAGGAAGGCUGCUAAAACACUGGCCAUUGUAAUGGGAGUGUUUCUGCUCUGCUGGUUGCCCUUUUUCAUUACCACUGUUAUGGAUCCUUUCAUCAACUUUAUGACACCUGUCAAUGUUUUUGAUUCACUUGUUUGGUUUGGUUACUUUAACUCCACAUGUAACCCUGUUAUCUAUGCUUUCUUCUAUCCACAUUUUCGAAAGGCAUUUAAAAUUGUUCUAGCAAAGACUUUAGGUUUCAAGACAACCUCAAAUAUUCUAGUGACUUGA